AUGGCAGAGCAAGACGAAAGAUGUCGAAUCCUUGUCAUGGCCUCUGGCAAUGGCUCAAAUUUCCAGGCAUUAAUAGAUGGUGUCGCAUCUAGCCGCAUCCCCAACAGCAGAAUUACUCGCCUGAUAGUGAAUCGCGCAAAGGCAUACGCAACCACUCGAGCAGAGCAAGCAGGCAUCCCAUGGGAAUAUUUCAACCUCAUCAGCAACGGAUUUCUGGCCAAGGGAGAAAAGGAUGAGGCAAAGACGGCUGAGGCAAGGAAGAAGUACGAUGCCGCCCUGGCAGACAAGAUUCUAGGCUUGGAAGAGAGGCCGCAAUUGAUCGUCCUAGCGGGCUGGAUGUGGGUGUUCUCAUCUGAGUUUCUACGGCCAUUGGAAGAAGUAGGCAUUCUUGUAAUAAACUUACACCCAGCCUUACCCGGUCAAUUCGACGGUGCCCAUGCAAUUGAGCGUGCUUACGAGGACUUGAAAGCGGGAAAGAUUACACACACUGGCAUCAUGGUUCACUAUGUCAUUCAGGAAGUCGACAGAGGCGAGCCCAUUCUUACCCAGGAAAUCGGCUGGGAUGGAGAGGAACUCGAUGCCCUGGAAGCCAAGAUUCAUGCUCAUGAACACGAGUUGAUCGUGAGGGCGAGCGCAAAGGUAGUUGGGGAGAUACUGGAGAGGGGGAAGAAAUGA